GGUCAAGUGACACAAGCGCUGUGGGAGCUUUCCGGAGUUCAGUCAGUCUGGAACAAGUCAGGAGGCGAGCUGCUGCUGCGGCCGAGGCGCCACCUAGGCGUUGCCGGCACUUUCCUUCCCCCUGAGGCGAGGCUCUUUCGCUCUCCCUGAGCAAUUGGCUCGAGACCGUGUGGCGGCGCAGUUUGGUUCUGCCCAACUCCCGCAAUGAGCCACGCUUAGCUCAGGUGUGCACCCUGGGGAAGGUGGGCUCCCUCCGCCGAGCUUUUGCCGCGGGGCACGGCGCGCCUCCCUGUCCUAGGUAGCACACGGGUCACCGAGCCCCAUGGAGAACCUUGCGGCCAGUGGCGGCAGCGCCUCAGCUGCCGGAGAGCAGCAAGGAGUGAGCGGGGACGCUGAGCAACUCAGCCCGCAGAACGACACCGAGGCACUUGCGGGCUCCGAGUCGGCUGGGGCGGGUGCCGCCGCCGCCGCCGCCGCCGCCGGUGGUGAGGGCAGCUGCUCGGUCUUGCGGCAGCGCUGCCUGCGGGCCGUGUAUGUGCUCAACGAUAACCCCAAAGGCGGUUCGGGGGCGCGGAGCCCCGAAGCCGGAGCGCUGCAGUGCCUGGUGCGAGCUUGUGAGCUCGAGGGAGCCCAGCUCGCGACGGUGAACUUCGGCGAGUUGGACUUUGGCGAGACGGCUGUGCUGGACGCCUUCUACGACGCGGAUGUUGCAGUGGUGGAUAUGAGUGAUGUUUCUAGACAGCCAUCCCUAUUCUAUCAUCUUGGAGUACGUGAAAGCUUUGACAUGGCCAAUAAUGUUAUACUCUACCAUGACACUGAUGCUGAUACUGCUCAGUCACUAAAGGACAUGGUGUCCCAGAAAAACACAGCUGCAGUUGCCAACCACAAAGCUUUUCUUCGAGUCCAACUACCUCCUGAAUACCACAGUGGUGGUGUGAUAGGCAAAGCUUCAACUGGCAAUUAUUACUUCAUUCCAUACAUUGUUACACCGUGUGCUGAUUACUUUUGCUGUGAAAGUGAUGCCCAGCGGAGAGCCUCUGAGUACAUGCAGCCUAACUGGGAUACCAUUCUGGGGCCUCUCUGUCUUCCACUGAUGGACAGGUUUAUCAACCUUCUCAAGGACAUCCAUGUCACAUCAUGCACAUACUACAAGGAAACUCUGCUAAAUGACAUUAGAAAAGCUAGAGAGAAGUAUCAAGGAGAAGAACUGGCAAAAGAGCUGGCCAGGAUUAAGCUUCGUAUGGAUAAUACUGAAGUUCUGACUUCUGACAUUGUAAUAAAUUUACUUCUGUCAUAUCGAGAUAUUCAGGACUAUGAUGCUAUGGUGAAAUUGGUGGAAACACUGGAAAUGCUCCCAACUUGUGAUCUGGCUGAUCAGCAAAAUAUUAAAUUUCACUAUGCAUUUGCAUUGAAUCGAAGGAACAAUGCAGGUGAUCGAGGAAAGGCACUGCAAGUGAUGCUUCAGGUGCUCCAGAUAUGUGAUCAUCCAGCACCAGACAUGUUCUGCCUAUGUGGGAGAAUCUACAAAGACAUAUUCCUUGAUUCGGAUUGUAAAGACACCAGUAGCAGAGACAGAGCAAUUGAAUGGUAUCGUAAAGGGUUUGAACUCCAGUCAACUCUAUACUCGGGAAUUAACCUUGCAGUUUUGCUAAUUGUUGCAGGGCAGCAGUUUGAAACCUCUAUAGAAUUAAGGAAAAUAGGUGUACGAUUAAACAGUUUGUUGGGAAGAAAAGGGAGCUUGGAAAAAAUGAAUAAUUACUGGGAUGUUGGGCAGUUCUUCAGUGUAAGCAUGUUGGCCAGUGAUGUGGGUAAAGCAGUGCAAGCAGCAGAAAGGCUGUUUAAACUGAAACCACCAAUUUGGUAUUUGAAGUCCCUAGUACAGAACCUGAUGUUAAUUCAGCGUUUCAAGAAACUCACCACAGAACACUCUCCUAGACAAGAGAGAUUGAACUUCUGGUUAGAUAUCAUUUUUGAGGCAACCAAAGAAACAACUAAUGGUUUGAGAUUUCCAGUAUUAGUGAUAGAACCAACUAAAGUAUAUCAGCCUGCAUAUGUUUCAAUCAACAAUGAAGCCGAUGAGAGAACUGUUUCCCUGUGGCACGUGUCUCCUGCAGAAAUGAAACAGAUUCAUGAGUGGAAUUUUACGGCUGCUUCUAUUAGAGGAAUAAGCAUAUCAAAAUUUGAUGAACGAUGUUGCUUUCUGUAUGUCCAUGAUAACUCUGAUGACUUUCAAAUCUACUUUUCUACGGAGAGCCAAUGUAGUAGAUUCUGUGGUUUGGUUAAAGAGAUUUUAACUGAUGCUGUAGGAAGUACUCUGGAACUGGAAGGAGAGAUUGAUGGUGACACAUUAGAAUACGAGUACGAUUAUGAUGAGAAUGGAGACAGAGUGGUUUUAGGCAAAGGAACCUAUGGGAUAGUUUAUGCUGGGAGAGAUCUUAGCAAUCAGGUCCGAAUAGCCAUCAAAGAAAUACCAGAGAGGGACAGUCGAUACUCUCAGCCACUGCAUGAAGAAAUUGCCCUCCACAAAUAUCUAAAGCACCGAAAUAUUGUCCAGUACCUUGGUUCUAUUUCUGAAGAUGGAUAUAUUAAAAUCUUCAUGGAACAGGUACCAGGAGGAAGUCUUUCUGCACUGCUAAGAUCAAAAUGGGGACCAAUGAAAGAACCCACAAUUAAGUUUUACACCAAGCAGAUCCUAGAAGGCCUGAAGUAUCUUCAUGAGAAUCAAAUUGUACACAGAGACAUAAAAGGAGAUAAUGUUUUAGUGAACACAUACAGUGGUGUAGUAAAAAUUUCUGAUUUUGGAACUUCCAAACGCCUUGCAGGAGUCAAUCCUUGUACAGAGACAUUUACAGGCACUUUGCAGUAUAUGGCUCCAGAGAUUAUUGAUAAGGGGCCUCGAGGAUAUGGUGCACCAGCUGAUAUUUGGUCGCUGGGCUGCACGAUCAUUGAAAUGGCAACAGGGAAGCCUCCAUUUCAUGAACUGGGGGAACCACAAGCUGCUAUGUUCAAAGUUGGAAUGUUUAAAAUCCACCCUGAAAUUCCUGAGUCACUUUCUGCUGAAACAAGAGCUUUUAUUUUGCUCUGUUUUGAACCUGAUCCAAAUAAACGUGUCACAGCAUCUGACUUACUUAAAGACCCAUUCUUGAAACAAGUGAACAAGGGCAAAAAAAACAGAAUUGCAUUCAAGCCUUCGGAUUAUAAUCGCAGUACAUCUCUUCCUCUGCCAGUCCAAGGGGAGCAGGCUGGGAGCAGCAGCAGUGAAUAUGGCUCAGUCUCGCCAGACUCUGAUGUGCAACAUGACAUAUUCUUUGAAAAGGCAAAGCGGUCUGUGUCGGAGGUUCAAGCCAAGCAUCCCGUUUCCAAUUUACUGAGUAUUCCUGAUGAGAGCUCAGUUUCGGAUGAACGGAGUUCUUCCCCUUCUCUUGAGGAAAAAGAUUCUGGUCUUUUCUUGCUGCGAAAGGACAGUGAACGCCGUGCAAUUCUCUAUAAAAUCCUCAAGGAGGAGCAGAACCAAGUUGCUUCCAACUUACAAGAAUGUGUGGCACAGAGUUCUGAAGAACUGCAUCUUUCAGUUACUCACAUCAAGCAGAUAAUUGGGAUUUUGAGAGAUUUCAUACGCUCGCCUGAACAUAGGGUUAUGGCAUCAACUAUAUCCAAGCUGAAAAUUGACCUGGAUUUUGACAGUACUUCCAUCAAUCAGAUGCAUCUAGUAUUGUUUGGGUUUCAGGAUGCAGUCAAUAAAGUACUAAGAAAUCAUUUAAUCAGGCCUCAUUGGAUGUUUGCAAUGGAUAAUAUAAUACGACGAGCGGUUCAAGCUGCUGUCACUAUUCUUAUUCCAGAACUUCGAACUCACUUUGAACCAGCAUCAGAGACUGAAGGAGUAGAUAAAGAUGCAGAUGAAGUGGAGGAUGAUUACCACCAAGCAGAACAAAAAAGACAUGAGGAGCCAGUUACCACAUCUGGAGUAUGCAUGCUCACUUCAGUGUCUGCUGACACCCAGCAGCAACUUAGCCUACAGCUAAGCAGACUUAAGCAGGAAACUAACAGGUUACUGGAAAGUCUGGUACAGAGAGAGAGGGAAUAUCAGACACUUCUGCGGCAAACCCUAGAGCAAAAAACACAGGAUUUGCAUCUUCUUCAGCUACAGUUGAAAACUAUUGAAAUUCAACCAUCUCCAUCGGCUCUUCAGCCCACUGUAGACCAAGAUCUUAUCACCUGGUUGCAACAGCAAAGCGCUGAUUCAGAUACAAUUGACAGGUUUGUUCAAGAGGAUUAUACACUUAGUGAUAUUCUCUACAAUAUCACUAAAGAUGACUUGCGAUUUCUUAGACUCCGUGGUGGUCUUCUCUGCAGAAUUUGGAAUGCAAUAUCACAACACAGAAAACGGAAUAAUAAACUCUUGGAAAUGGAAGGUUAGCACGCCAUCACAUUUCUACCAUGGGUUAUGAAAAAAGUACACAUUCCAGCUAAUUAAGUUAUUAUUUUGUACAGCCUGUGUAUACUGGUCCUACAAGUUUUGCACAAAGACAUAAAAUAGGUUUUAUCUUUGGAAAUAUUAUUAAAGAGGAGGACCACACAGUUGUAAUAGCAUGUUUUAUUAUUGUUCUUUUGGCAGUUAGCCAUUUUCUACUAUUAAGACAUGCUGGAAUAUACAGCUGUUUAAAAACCAUGUGUAAAUUGUACACUAGCUGGAGAACAACUUGCUUUUGAUAUAGAUGCAUCGAAAAGAAGCCUAUUUAACAUAUGAACUUUAACCACUCAUGUAUAAUAAAUACAUGGUGCAACUUUAGGCUAAUAGCUGCUUUUUAAACAUUGUUUGCACAACUCUCUACCUUCCAAUCAAUAAACUAUUACAUAUAAACCAUUACUGUGUGUAUAUUUAUGAAAAGUGAAAAUAAGGUAUAUAAGGCUCAGAGUACUUUAAAUCAUUUAGUAUCCUUGCACAACUUUGUAUGUACUAAAAGAUUAAAGUUAAAAAUAAUGCACUGAAAAAAGUUGUUUUCCUUAGGGAAUGGCAGGAGUGGAGAGAGAAAGUAUGAUGUACAAAAAAGUACAUGGGAUAACACUGCUUAGGAAACUUUUAAUGUGCCAAUUAUUCAACUGUACAUAAUGGGAUUUUUAAUUGAUUAACUUUGAUAAAUACAACAAUCCAAGAUCAUUACUAAGUAUACAGAAACAUUGCUUAAUUCAGUUAUUUGAGUAGCUUUCAGAAUACAGUGUCACAUUCGCUGCCAAACAAAUUUUCCACCUAUAUGAACAAGUCUUUUUCUCUUUUCUUAGACAAGAUACAAGAAUUAGACCCCUAUAUAUAUAUAUAUUUUUUUU